CUGAAACAGACUAUUUCAUCACCACAUUGAAACCAUUACCCGCUACUUCAGUUGGCAGGAUAAAAGUAGCAAAGAAAUGCAAUGUAUUUUGAAGAUCCACAAAAAAUUGUCAGUCGCAGCCCGCGUCGUUCUUUUUUUGUGGUGAAUGAACGCCGAGGCGCCAGAGCUUUGGGGACGCGGUUCCCCCACCGACACUUUCCCCGCACGCCUGCGCCCGGGCCCCGCUGCGGGCGCGUCCUGGCAGCAGCAGGAGGAGGAGCCGCGGUCCGGGCCGUGCUGCCGGGGCCCGAUGGCGGCGGGCGGCGGGGUCGGGCUGCUGCCCUUCCUGCGGCUGCUGGGGCAGCUCAAGAGAGUGCCGCGGACGGGAUGGGUGUACAGGAACGUGGCAAAGCCAGAGAGCGUCUCCGACCAUAUGUACAGGAUGGCCAUGAUGGCUUUGGUGACUGAAGACAAGAGCCUUAACAAGGACAGAUGCAUACGAUUAGCUUUGGUUCAUGAUAUGGCUGAAUGCAUUGUUGGAGAUAUUGCUCCUGCAGAUAAUAUCCCAAAAGAGGAGAAACACAGGAGAGAAGAGAGAGCUAUGCAACAGCUGACCCACCUUCUAUCAGAGGACCUCAGAAAAGAAAUCUUUGAACUCUGGGAAGAAUAUGAAAACCAGUCUACUGCAGAGGCCAAGUUUGUAAAGCAGUUGGAUCAGUGUGAGAUGAUACUGCAAGCAUUUGAGUAUGAAGAGUUGGAAAAGACACCUGGCAGACUGCAGGAUUUUUUUGAUUCAACUGCUGGGAAGUUUGUUCACCCAGAAAUACUCCAGCUUGUAUCUCUGAUUAACACAGAAAGGAAGAAAAGAAUAGCUGCCACAUCUCAUCCACAUUCCUGAGGUGUUCUUAAAUGCUGUAACCAUAAUAAAUACUUUGGUUUAUAUUCUGGUCAUUA